UAACUCUUAAGCCGGGAGCAAGCGAAAGUUAUAGAGCUGCAGUCACUACUUGGAAAAAAACUGUCCUUCUCACUACACGUUGUAUUGUUUAUCAAUGCACAGCCAAAACAACUGAAUAUGGAGCGAGAAAACUGUCAAAUGAGUGGGUCCCAGUCUGACUCUGGAGUCAUCACGAUGGAGGACCUGGAAGGUUUCUCCGAAGAGGGACACUCCGAUUCGGCUUACAACAGCAGUCUGCAGGACGACGCUGAGCAGGAACGACUGCUCAACUACUGGCAGAACGUCGGGAGGGGUCACCAGGUCGAGGUGCCCAGGGAUAUGGCAGAGCCAAUUCAACAGUUGACAAGAAACAAUCGCACAUCUCAAGAAAGAGAAAUAGUUCCUUUCAGGCUCAUCAGUCAAAAAGAAAAGUGUGGAGAAAUACUAUAUGAGGAGCGGCUUUAUGAGAAGGCAAAGUGGGCCUGCAUUACUGUGCAUGAAAAACAAUAUGAACAAAGCAUCUGCCUUGGGUUUAUGAAGCUAAUGAGAUAUAUUUGUGAACAAAACUCUACAGGGACAUAUCUGGGCUUGACCAUUCCAGUUGUUACCAUUGUACAUACAGAAGAGAGUCGGACAGUGCUGUCACAGGCUGUGACUGUCGCAUACUACCUGCCUUUAGAAUUUCAGAAUCAGCCACCUCAACCAAAUGACACUGAAAUAAUGAUCCAGGAGUGGCCCACAACCAUAGUUUAUAGCAGGACCUUCAGAGGCACGACCAACGAACAGUCCAUCCUGCAUGAAAUCAACAUGUUAGCAGAGGCUCUAGACUUCUCAGAAAUCUGCCUUGAGGACUCAUUUAUCAUGGCUGGAUACACAAAUCCUGCUGCCAGAAACAGACACAACGAGAUCUGGUUUUUGCGCAGAUUAUGAUCUGCCAGAAUGUCUACACUAUCACAACUUUAAUUCAGCCAUUACUUGCUACUGAAACUAGAAGAUUGAAAUAAAAAUCAAUCAAGUAAAAGUCUGAUUAUUUUACAUCUCGGGUAAUGUAUUAUUUAAAAAAAAAAAAGGAAAAAUGACAAUCAGGCUUUAAUCUGUAGAUAUGCCAUCAGCCACAAUUGCCUAAAUGAAACAUAAUACUCAUUAACAGAUUACUUUUUCCAUGAUAUGUAAUACUGCCAUUGCUUUGAUCAGUUUGAAUUCUGAGUUACUAAAAUGUUGAUAAAUGUUCACUGGUAACAUUUUUAAUUAUGAAUGAGUCUUUUUAAUGUCUAUGUAUUAUAAACAUGAUGUUAUCACAAGAUGUUAGUAAAGUCUCUGAAAACAAAAUUACAUCAAAAUGCUUAUGUUGAUCUACAUUGUUAUAAUCAAGAGCUGUAUGUAAGUUAUGAGUGGUGCUGUAGUCUUAGUUUUCUAUAUUUGAACUAUAUGUAAAUGGUUGUAUGUAAGUAAUUCAACUUUCUAGAAUGUCAGGAUAUCCUUUUUACAGACUUCUUGUUUUCAUCAACCUGAAAGUUUACAGCAAUUUUUUUUUUUUUCCGGGGUCUAUUCUCAGGUAUUUUAUUUUUUGUCUUUUGUGUACUUGUAUUUGCCUGCCAACUCCUGGCUUUCCCAUUUUAUGUAUUCAUUAUUAUCAUGCUCUAGCUUAAGAUAAAGGCUUACAAUCUUUAUUUAUUACACGGUUAAUACAAUGCUCUGUUUUUCCUACAAUGUUUUGAUUUAAACAUCGUUGUCUUUGGCAAUGUACCAAAUCAAAAUUUGAAGCAUUUGAGUAAUCUACAUUUCUGAUGUGUAUUUACAGCAUGUCAUUAGAGUGUGCAUUUUAUUUUGUAACCAGAGAUGUACUAAAAGAGGCUGCAUGUCUAUGAAUGAUAUUACAUAAACUUGCCUACUGAAUGUUUUA